UCCAAGUCUAGACCGCGGACAAAUUAAUCUCCAUACAAUAAUCCGAGUGACACUCCUCACUUUGUGGCCAUGGCUUCACUGAGGUGCCUCCACCCAACCCACCCUCAUCUUCAUCGCGGUUCAGCGCUUCUCGCCAUUUCGAACCGCUGCUUCAACCAUUCCUCCUUGCUGAACCGGACUCUCUCCGUAAACCCUCCUCGAACCGCUCCUCCACGCGCCAUGGCCAAGCCCAGUUUCUCAACUGCCCAAGACCUAGUGGCUUCUCCUGGCGAUUUUGAAUUUGCGCAGCCUCUGAAAAUUGUGGAGUAUCCCGACCCGAGAUUGAGGGCCAGGAAUAAGCGCAUAGUUGCCUUCGAUGAUAGUCUGAAGAAGCUUGUCCACGAAAUGUUUGAUGUAAUGUACAAAACUGAUGGUAUUGGUCUCUCAGCACCCCAAUUAGGAAUUAAUGUUCAACUUAUGGUGUUCAAUCCAGUAGGUGAGCGUGGUGAAGGAGAGGAAAUUGUUCUUGUAAACCCAAGAGUUAGCCAAUACUCAAAGAAACUGACACUAUUUAAUGAAGGUUGCCUAUCUUUCCCAGGCAUCAAUGCUGAUGUAAAGCGACCAGAAUCUGUGAAGAUUGAUGCACGUGAUAUCAAUGGAACAAGGUUUUCAGUCAACUUGUCUGACCUUCCUGCACGAAUAUUUCAGCAUGAAUUUGACCAUCUACAAGGAAUUCUUUUCUUUGAGAGAAUGACUGAAGAAGUUCUUGAUGGUAUUUGUGGACAGUUACAGGCCCUAGAAACAAAGUACGAGGGAAUGACUGGACUCCCAAGCCCUGAAAAGAUAGAAAACCGCAGGAGGAGAAAGGUCGCUGUUGGUUUUGGGAAACGAUGAUCUUCAAGGUCAAUAUUAGGCAUAAUACUGAAUGCACACUUGACAGACAUUUCAAGUUUGAACUUCAUAAAAAGAUGAAGCAUAGAUUACAGGUACUGCAUAUGGUUGGUUAUGCUGGAGAUGUAUCAUUUAUAUGUAUAUAGAAAAUGAGCUAGUGACUCUGAUUAUCAUUAUACUUAAUCGAGUUUUCUCUGGGUGGACUUCCUUGUCUAGGUGCAAUUGUUUAUGAAUAGUCAUUGGAAGGCAUCUCUAUUGUAUCCAUGCCAUUGAGUUGUUCAUGUUGCCCUGAAGGGAACAACUGUCUUGAAGGGCUAUAAUAAUAUUUGGGCGGGCGUGUAAAAAACAAAUUAGUUAUAAAUUAUUAACUUUUUUUUUAUUAUAAAUUAUCUUGCGAUAAA